AUGCUUGAGAGGCUGAUCGGUGCAGCGGUGGAGAAUCCGCGGUUGAUGUUUGCCAUGGGCGCGGUGGGAUUGGGGUUGAAUUUGGUUAGUGUUGUUGUUUUGCAGGGGCAUGGACAUGAUCAUUCCCAUGGACAUGGGCAUGGGCAUGGACAGAGUUCCAAGAAGGAAGAUGAGAGCCUUCAGCAUACCCAUGAACAUGACCACGACCACGACCUCAACAUGCUAGGCGUCCUCCUCCACAUCAUCAGCGACGCAGCCAACAACCUGGGCGUGAUGGCCGCCGCGCUGGUGAUCUGGUUCGCCUCCGCCCCCGCCUCCAUCGACCCGCUGCACGUCCAGCUCGACCUGGAGAAGAUCCCCGGCGUGCUGGCGAUCCACGAGCUGCACAUCUGGCGGCUGAACCAGCGCAAGACGCUGGCGAGCGUGCAUAUCGUGCUGCCCGAGGGCGCGGACUGGGCGGGCACGACGCGCGCUGUGAACGGGUGCUUCCAUGCGCAUGGCAUCCACUCGGCAACGCUGCAGCCGGAGAUCAAGAUGCAGGUGCAGGUGCAGAUGCUGGAUGGGGUGGUGGUGCGCGAGAAGGAAAAGUGUCGGGUGUUGUGUGGGGAGGUGUGUGAGGAGUUGAGAUGUUGCUCGGAGGGCUCGGAUGGGUCCGAACGGAAUGUUCCGCUGUAG